AUGGACGCGCUCCUCAAAUCCAAGUCGAAGAUCAUCUUCUGGACUGGAUGCGACCCCAAGCACAAGCUCUUCGAAAAGCUUGCCUACGAGUGGAGCCUUGUCCCGCUUGUCAAUCACCGUUCCAAGGAAGACAUCUCCGGUCUACUCGACAAGUCCCACCGCAUUGCUCUCGUCUGCAUCACUGGCUUCUUCGACGAAGGUGGCGACUUCGUGUUCUUCGUCAAGGGCUAUAAAAACCUCGCAAACUUCUUGAAACUUACCUUCAGCGGGAGGGCUUACGACGAUCCAUGCUUCGCGACGUCGCUGUCGGUUUUCAGCUUCCAGCAACUCAUCGACACCCCCGGAUUGGAGUGUCUGGCAACCCAUUGCGUGGGCAAGACAGAGACCAAGGGCUUGAGGUGGAGGUACCUUUACAAGUCAGCCGUCAAUGCGUGGGACAAGCUUGAGUUUGAUGAGCAGAAGUAUUUUAGAAUCAGGGAGAGGUUGUUGAUGAACCAGGCCCCACUGAAGCAAGCCCUAUCAGACACGGAGGAGGAUACCGACAUGGAUGAUGAUACCGACACCGAGAUGUCGGAUGAUGAGGAGGAUGAUGAUCCUGAUGGUCUUUAUGAUGAGGAUCUUUAUGAUGAUGAUGACAAGUACGAGGGCAGCUUCACGACGGACAAGUAG